AGUUUUAAGACAUAAUUCAUUAUGCUAUAAAGUAGUUACAUUUUAAAUUUUAAUACUAACAUUUCUAAAAAAAAUUUUAUCGUUGUUACAAAAAUACAAGCUUUGGUAUUUUGUAUUAAAUACAGAACAUAUUUCAAAUAAUUUUUAGUAUAAUGAUAUCGGCCUUAAAAAAACGGUUUCAAGAACAAACCUUAUCGGCUGUUGAUCUUUAUAUUAAAACCCUAAACGCUAUAGACAACAAGUCUGGCCUCAAUGCAUUUAUAUAUAUUAAUAAAAAUGGUAUUAAGGAAGCUGAAAAGUGCCAACAAAACAUAUUGAAUGGUAAUUUGGUUUUCGUAGAAUGUACAUCAAGAAUACUGGAAGGUAUUCCUAUAGCUGUUAAAGACAACUUUUGUACUCGAAACAUGCCUACAACCUGUGCAUCAAAAACAUUACAAAAUUUUGUCCCUACUUAUGAUGCAGCAGUUGUGGAUUGUUUGAAAUCCGCAGGAGCCGUAAUUGUUGGAAAAACCAACAUGGAUGAAUUUGCAAUGGGUUCUGGAACUGUAGAUUCUGCAUUUGGGCCAACUAAAAAUGUUUGGUGUUCUAAGCCAAAUAAAUGGCAUAUAGCCGGUGGCAGUUCUGGUGGAAGUUGUGUUGCAGUAGCCUCUGGAAUGUGUGAAAUAGCUUUAGGUUCAGACACCGGCGGCUCAAUCAGAAAUCCUGCUUCAUACUGUGGAAUAGUUGGCUAUAAACCUAGUUAUGGCUUAAUCUCACGACAUGGCCUAAUACCUUUAGUAAAUUCAAUGGAUUGUCCUGGAAUUAUAGCAAAAACCGUUGAUGACAUAUUUAAGAUACUAAGUGUUAUUGUUAGAGCAAAAGCGUAUGAUUCUACUUGUAUAGAUGUUUGCUUGGAUACCGAUGAAUUUUAUAACACUACUUUAAUAGAAAAUUAUCGCAUUGCUAUACCUGAGGAGUAUAAUUGUGAUAGUCUUUCAGAAGAAGUUAAAGAUACUUGGAAUUAUGUAGCAAGCGUUAUUGAUAAUUCUAAAGCUAUUGUUCAAAAGGUCUCUAUGCCUCAUACUAGUGCUUCAGUAGCUACUUAUUCAGUUUUGAAUGCAUGUGAAGUUGCCAGUAACAUGGCUCGAUACACUGGGCUGUUGUAUGGAUAUCGAUCAUCGUGUGAACAUGAAACAUUUCAGUCUUUGAUAGCAACGAACCGGUUCGACAGUUUAGGGGAAGUAGUUAGAUCUCGAAUUUUGAGUGGGAACUAUUUUCUUUUAAAACGAAAUUAUGAGAAAUAUUAUGAACAGUCAUUAAAAGUUCGGCGAUUAAUAGCUAAUGAUUUUAAUAAAGUUUGGCAAAACGGAUACAAUUUUUUGGUCACACCAACUACGUUAACUACAGCUCCAUUAUUAAAAGACUUUAAGUCUUUAGACAACCGAACUCAAUGUGCUACCCAAGAUUACUGUACACAACCAGCAAAUAUGUCUGGAUGUCCAGCAAUUACAAUACCAGUUAAAUUAUCAUCUGACCAGAUGCCAAUCAGUAUACAAAUAAUGGCACCAAAUUUUUCUGAUGUACGACUAUUACAAUUUGCCAAUUGGUUAGAAGCAAAAUUGCAAUUUUCCCAAAAACAGUAAUUAUUAAUGCAUAUAAUAUAUUUAUUAAUCAUCUUUAUAAUGCAUAUAAAAUUAUAAUUAUAAUGUAAUUUAAACAACAAUUAUAGUAGUAGUGUAUUUAU